UUCUCUAUGCGCUGAAAGGCCCUCUGUUUCUCUCUUUUCUCUCCAUCUUGUGCAUCGCGCGCAAGAUCAGCUUGUGAUGUCUGGCGUACCUCAGGUAGCCAAGCAGUCGCUGCGCAUCGUUGCGCUCCCGCUCGUAACCGCUUCACGAACGCCAGAACGUAGUUCUUCUGGUCAUCUGACGUACUACCACUUUGCCACACCGCCGCCGAAGCAGAAUGGGAAACGGAGCUGGGUACAGUGGGCUACACAUAAAGCUGCAGAUAUUUGGGCUGGCUUUGGUAAAGCCCCGGAAGGACACUGGAAGAGGAGAACAUUUUCGUAUGGAGAAAGUCUCGUUGACCGGAUAGACUUCGAAGAACUUGCACUAAAGUCACUGGAUCCUUCUCUUGGGCCAAAGCUCUCGCGAUUCGGCCAUUCGGAAGCAGAAGUCAAACCAAACUCUACGAUUCCCCUCAUCUACCCGAGUUCAGCAUGCUCAUCUCCCGUCACCCAUCUGCGAUCUUUGGUCGAGAAGCGCGGCCCGCGGCAUAGAAAGGGCUUCUUCACAUGGAUACUGGUGUCGCCACUCACGGCGCCGUUCAUGCUAAUUCCUGUGAUACCUAACCUCCCGUUCUUCUUCUGUGUGUGGAGAUCGUGGUCGCAUUAUAAAGCCUACAAGGCUUCUUCAUAUUUAGAACAGCUACUCGACAAAGGCGCCAUUGUCGCCGAGCCAAGUAGUGCGCUGGACAGAGUGUACGCGAAGUAUGCCAAAGCAUCAAAGAAGGUUUCGCCUACCCCCAGCACCGUCGAGACGUCGAGCGAGCAAGACUUGGACUCGGAUGCGUCUUCAACCCCAUCCGCGGAAGAAAUAGACAAUGUUGAACAUCGGCACCUACUAUUAACACGGGAUGCCGUGCCCGAGCUUAUGGCAGCACUGCAGCUAAAGCCUGGUUCGACGUUCGCCGCGGACAUGUACCGCGCGCUAGAACAGGCUAAUUUGCGGUUAAAGAAAGCGGAGCCGGACAUGACCAAGGGUUAGAGGAAGUGUGUUAUUGGGAUGUGACGGAUACUGUUGUAAUGUGUACUAUAGAAACACCGCUGCUUUGCCAAAGUGUGCUGUAUGGUGAUUCGCAUUCUGUCAC